CCAGCACAGAGAAGCAGAUGAUGCCUCCACCUUGCACGGGCCCUGAAGGCACCUCAAGGUCUGCAAGAUGUUUUCCUAAGUCUAACCUACCUCACAAGGACAGGUCUUCAGAGAAAUCUGCGCUGUUCCCACACCUGAGCAAACUCAGGGCAGCUGCACCCUUCCCACCUCCAGCCGCUGCUCUCCAGAGCUCCCCAUUCUCAGCUAGGACUAUUGACUGCUCACACCCACAUGUGGCCUUCACUAAAUGGGCCCUGCAGGACAAGGAAGGUGGUCACAUGUGGACAGGGUCCCUUUUAUAGCCCCAUCACCCCAGCUGGCCCUGACUUCUCCAUCUGACCUGCUGGCUGCUCCCCUGCACCCCCAGCUGUGCCAACUCAUCAUGGAGAAGUUCCUUGUCCUUCUGCUCAUUGCCCUCGCGGUGGCCUACGCAGUUCCUGACCCUAGGGGAAUCAUAAUCAACCUGGAAGAUGGUGAGCUUUGCCUGAACAGUGCACAGUGCAAGAGCCAGUGCUGCCACCGGUCAAGUGGGCUGAGCCUGGCCCGCUGCAUGCCCAAGGCCAGUGAGAACAAUGAGUGUUCUGCCAAGACGCUCUAUGGCGUUUACUACAAGUGUCCUUGUGAGCGGGGUCUGACCUGUGAUGUGGACAAGACUAUCGUGGGCUCCAUCACCAACACCAACUUUGGUAUCUGCUAUGAUGUUGGACGCUCCAAGGAGUGAGACCACCCACCCACCACUUUACCCAGCCCAGCACACCCUGGGACACUCAGCCCAGGGCAACCUCUCUCCUCCCUCACCACCUCUCCCUGGUUGGUCACCCCCCUUGACCAGCACCUCUGUCUUCUGAUUGGGUUCUUGGCAAUU